AUGUCAGCCAAAAAUGAAACUCCAAAAGUUAUCCGUAUGGAAGAUAUUCUAGGCGACACCAAAAACGCCAAUAAAAAUGAAGAAAAUGAUACUAAAACGACAACAACCAAGCAAAAACAGAAACCAAAGGCAGUUCAAAGUGUUCCAAUUCCAAAAGGCAAACCGAAAUCAGGGAGAGUGUGGAAAUCCGAGAAAAAGAAAUUCUCCUCGAUAAUCAAAACGAGAGGUUUGAAAAGUUCGUUCGAGAAAAAACAAGCCCUUAGAGAAAAACUGCAGAAAAUUAAGGAAGCUUCUAGAGAGAGAAUCGCACAAAAAAAAGAAGAGGCCGAAAUGAAAAAGCAAAGAAGACGUGACAAUUUGAAGAAACAAGAAGAAAACAGGAAGAAGUCAGAAAUAGUACAAGUAAUUACAAAUACUAAAAAGUUGAAGAAUAUGAAGAGGAAGCAACUGAGAUAUAUUGAAAAAAGAGAUACAACUGUUGUUUCAAAAUAG